GCCUUGUGGUCGCAAAUCGCUUGUCUGAAGACCCGUUGAAGACUGUCCUCGUAGUAGAACUCGGCUACUUUGCUGACGAACCAUGCACCUGGUUGCCGCAAUUAAGUGUCACAAAAGGUUGCGGCAGGCGGUACACCUUCAAUGAGACUAGCGUUCCUCAACCCGAGAUUGGAGGGACAUCAACUGCCUACGUUGCUGGAUGUGCGGUUGGUGGGAGUUCGGCCGUCAAUGGAAUGGUGUUUGACCGAGCAGCAAAGGCUGAUUACGACGCAUGGCAAGAUCUGGGCAACCCAGGAUGGGGAUGGAACGAGCUUUAUCCGUAUUUUAAGAAGAGCUCUACAUUCACGCCACCGCGGAAUGAGGCUACGAGUAAGUUUGGAUAUACGUGGGACCCGCAUGCGUAUGGGGAAGGACCAAUCCAGGCGAGCUUUCCACCUUUUCAGUGGGAGACUGAGAGAAUUAUGUUCGAGGCUUGGGAAGACCUGAAUAUCACUGGCCCUAUAGAGCAUGCUCUUGGUGAUGCGGUAGGGCGUUUCUGGAUGCCGUCAUCGAUACACCCGGUGAACCAGACUAGAUCGUAUGCGCGAUACGGUUAUUAUGACCCGAUCAAGACAAGAACAAAUUAUCAUCUACUAGUGGGCCACAGGGCCGAAAAACUAGUCCUAGGGCCGGAUUUGGCAGUGAAGGGUGUUGUCAUCUACCAGCGGGAUCGGCCCGAGCAGAGGUCCACGGUUACAGCAACACGAGAAACAAUUCUAGCAGCAGGAGCAGUGCAUACGCCGCAAAUUCUCGAGUUGAGCGGUAUUGGUUCGAAGAAGGUAUUGGAGACUGCCGGCAUCAAAGUGAGAAUCGAACUUCCAGGUGUAGGCGAAAAUUUCCAGGAUCACCCACAAGCGCAUCUCGUCUGCAACUUUACGAAAGACAUAUAUCCAAAUCCAACAACGCUGAAGGAAAAUGCAACAUUUGCAGCGGAAGCGCUUGCAGAAUAUAACGCAAACAAGACAGGCCCGUACACCAUGGCAUUGAGCAAUGCUGUAGCCUUUCUCUCCCUCUCGGUCACACAUUCCUCGCCCACUUCCUUCCUCUCGAAGCUCGCCGCGCAAUCCGUUCACGCAUAUCUCCGUCCAAAUUCCUCUGCAGAGGUCAUUGAAGGGCUUAAAGCCCAAAAGCGUGUCCUGAAGAACCUAUUCUCCUCCCCCUUCUCGGCCGUCUAUGAAGCUCCAAUUUCUGGUAUCUGUCCUAAAUCCAUCCUUCUCCAGAAACCCCUUUCUCGCGGCACCAUCCACAUCAACAGCAGCGACCCCACUGGGCCGGUAGUGGUCGAUUGGCGCACCUUCAGCAACCCCCUCGAUGUUGAGCAGGCGGUGGAAUUCAUCAAAUUCACCCGCCGGUACAUAGCGACCCCAAAGCUCGCGUUCCUAGGUCCGGUAGAAUCUGGCCCGGGUAGAAAUGUUUCCAACGCAGAUACAGCCGCGUUGGAGGCGUGGGUGAGGUCCACGUCCACGCCAACGAGCUUUCACGCUUGUGGGACGACGGCGAUGUUACCGAGGGAGUUGGGUGGUGUCGUUGGGAGUGAUUUGAAGGUGUAUGGGGUCAAGGGGUUGAGUGUGGUGGAUGCUGGUUUGUUUCCGCUCAUUCCUGCGGCGCACUUGAGUGCUACUGUUUAUGCGGUGGCGGAGAAGGCGGCUGAUAUUAUAAAGAAUCGCGCGUAACGGGUAAGGGAGAAAUGGAUAGGCCAUUGGUAGGAGUUUAUGUGGAAAAAUAAUAAGUAUAUUCUCAUUUCAAGAUACUCG